AAGAAGAGUCACUAAGACAAGAGCUAGGUAAGCAAGAAGGAGAGUCUAGAAAAGGCAGGGGAAGGGGAUCUCCAUCUCUAGGAAGAUUGUGUCCAGGAUCUGGUAAUCUAAGUUAUGGUUGGCUUGUGGCAAUGGUAAGAGCUGGUAAGCAUGGUAGCUGUAUUAGCGGCUGGGGCCGGUGCUCCGCGUUCUAUCUCGGUUCCACUCUUAUGUACGCCCCACCUCACAUAGAAGAAGGGGAACCCCUUCCAUAA